AUGGCGCGUUUGCCUCCUGCGACACUCAGGCGCUACCUGCUACAUGGCAGCCUUCCCACCGCAGGCUGUCUGUUGCGACCUCGAGCACCACAGGCCUCUUGCAGCAGGACCGCUCCGUGCAUCUCCACCAAUCUUGGUUUCCACGCGACCCCUCGGCGACUUCUUCAGAGUGCUGCAGCUGCCACGACGAACACACCAACGGGCCCUGCCCACGUUCCCCUCCGGAAACAACUCAAAGAAGAAGCCAAGCAGCUCAAGGCUUCAGGCAAGAAGAAGAAGAAGAAUGCCAGCAACCAGGUCGUUCCCGGCUGGGAGCUGACCGUGGGCAUCGAGAUACAUGCCCAGCUCAAUACCCCACGCAAGCUCUUCUCGCCUGCCGCUACCUCCUUCAACGACAACCCCAAUACACAUGUCGCGUACUUCGACCUCGCUACCCCUGGCAGCCAGCCAAUCUUCCAGAAGGAGACUCUGAUCCCAGCUUUGAGAGCAGCCCUCGCGCUCAACUGCGAAAUACAACCCACCAGCCGCUUCGAUCGCAAGCACUAUUUCCACUGGGAUCAGCCUUCGGGCUAUCAGAUCACCCAGUACUACGAACCAUUCGCGCGGAAUGGCUACAUUGACUUGCAGCCUCGCGAUGGUAUUGCUGCCGAGGACGAGAAUGGGCUCAAGGUUGGCAUAAAGCAAGUACAAAUGGAGCAGGAUACAGCAAAGACGCUUGCGCAGCCGGACAAGGUGCACUGGAUCGACUUCAACCGUGUAGGCGCACCACUGAUCGAAAUCAUCACCCACCCGGAUAUCCACCACCCUGCAACGGCUGCUGCCUUUGUGCGGAAAGUCCAGACAAUCCUAAAUGCUACGGAUGCCUGCGUCUCGGGUAUGGAAGCAGGAGGACUGCGUGCCGACGUCAAUGUGUCCGUCCGUCGCACUGGAGACCCUUCUGCGCCACUAGGGCAGCGGACCGAGAUCAAGAACCUCAGCAGUUUCAAAGCAGUGGAGGACGCAAUCAUUGCGGAGCGUGACCGGCAGAUUGCCGUUCUGGAGAGCGGUGGCAAGAUCGAGGGCGAGACACGAGGCUGGUCCAUUGGCGCCACAGAGACUCGCCGUCUCCGUGGUAAAGAAGGAGAAGUCGACUACCGAUACAUGCCGGAUCCCGACCUCGCGCCGGUUGUCAUUGGCGACGAUCUGGUCGCACAUUUGCGAGAGACACUGGGUCAGCUGCCGGACGUCGAGGUGAACGAGCUCAUCGACACGUUCGAGCUCAGCCCAAAGGACGCAUUGUCACUUGUUGCUAUUGAUGGCGGCAUGCGGGUGGAAUACUUCUGGAACGUAGUGGAUGCUCUCAGGCAGCGCCUGGAGUCACGGCCCAACCGCGACGCUGGCAAGGACACGGCAUGCUUCCAGCUCGCAGCCAAUUGGACACUUCACGAACUUGGCAGGCUCACGGCCGACAAAGCAGACCCAGAAGACCAGCAGCUCGGGUUUACUGAAGAUGGGCAAUGCCAGCGUGUGCCUAUUGACCACCUCGCUGAUAUCAUAUUCUUCCUGCACAGCGGAGAUGUAACGGCUAAAAUUGCGAAGGAGCUACUCUGGGUCGUUUUCCGCGGCACGAUCCCCGCCGAGUACGCCAGUGUGGAGGACCUGAUUGAGAAGGAGGGACUCUGGUUCAAAGAGCUUUCCGAGGCCGAGUACGAGGCUCUCGCAGACCAGGCUGUCGAGGGGCAAGAGCACGUUGUCAAGCAGUUCGCCGACUACAAGAAAUACCCCGAAGGCAAACUCAUGUUCCUCGUGGGGCAGAUGGUCAGGCUGGGCUUGGAAGAGCGGAUCAAUCCGCAGAACGCGGCGGCAGUGCUCAAGAGGCUGCUCGAGGAGAAGUACGUUCCUGCCCUGAAGAACUAG